AUGGGCAUUCUAGAUUAUCAACUGGUAGAUCGGCUGAUUUUGAGUAACGUUUGGGGAACAGAAGGAUGUGCAUUGGUGUUUAAAAAUAAAAGUACUGUAAUAUGUCGAUGUAAUCAUACAACCAGCUAUGCUGUACUGAUGCAGGUUGUUUCUUACAAACCUGUUGUGGAACAUUAUACUGCAUUGAAAUAUGUUAGCUACUUGGGAUUAGCUUUGUCGAUUACAUCAUUACUUCUCAUGUUAAUUAUUCUUCUGUAUCUUCGUACUCUCCAGACAGUGCGAGUAAAAAUCCAUAAGUGUUUAGCUGUUUGUCUGCUAGCUGCUCAGGUAACGUUUGUUGCUGGAAUAACAAGCACUGGAGAAAAGGUUAUAUGUAAAGUGAUAGCAUUCGUCAUGCACUAUCUCUUCUUAUCUGUGUUCACCUGGAUGUUAUGUGAGGGACUGAAUCUAUUUAUUUUGAUAUCGUACCCUACCUCCCAUGUGGAGUUUCCACCAUUCACUAUUAUUGGAUUUGUUUUACCACUAAUUGUAGUCGCCAUAACGGGUGGAAUAAAAUACGACAACUAUGUAAGCAGCACAAGCUGCUGGCUAAAUGUGGAAGAUGGGGUUAUAUUUGCUUUUGUAGGACCAGCAAUACUUAUUAUUUUGGUAAACAUCGUCAUUUUAGGGAUAGUUUUGCAUGUUUUCUUGCGAGUGAAGAAAAAUAUUGAAAAGUGUCUCAAAGAGAAGAUAAGAUCAGGUUUGAGAGCCGGGUGUGUUCUUUUACCUCUGUUGGGAAUCACUUGGAUGUUUGGUAUUUUAACUAUGGAUCAUUCCACACUAUUCUUCACAUACUUGUUUUGUUUGAUAAACUCACUUCAG